AGAGCUGAAGGACAGAGAAACGCACACCGGUGUGUCGGGAAGUCCGAAAAGGAAACUUCAGAGCUGAAAAUCACCCAGCUGCGCUUCUCUGCGUCUCUCUGUGCAUCGCGCUCUGAUACGCGGGGGCUGUGGGACCCUAUUUAUAGCCCCUGUUGAGUUUCAGUGUCUGUUUCCUACACAUAUUCUCAUCCGCUGUGGUGAGCAGAGGGUGCUCUGUCACACGUUAACUGAGAAAAGCGCCCACGCUUCUACUCGCUUUUUCAGUUCCGAAGAAGCUUGCCAUCGUCAGAGGAGGAAGUGUUUUUGUUUUCUGAUUAUACCGGAUUCUGCGGAGGUGACAUCUUGUCUGUCUCGACUUCUCUCUGUCUUUGCGUGUGGAGUUCAACCAGCGGCCAGAAGAACUGAAAAGGGACCGUGUGAUACCCCAGGAUCAUGAGCGGAGGGGUCAACGUGAAGACGGGCUCCGGGAUCCCCCUGCCCCGGAGCAUGAUCCCCUCCCCGAAACUGGACCACAAGCACCCGGGCAGCGGCCUGCCCCGUCCCGCCACCCAGAUCCCGCUCGGCACCAAGGCUUCCUCCUCCUGCGCCUCCUCCUCCUCCCGGGACCUCCUGCGGGACACGGCGCUGAGGAACCAGCUGCAGAGGAGCGGGCUGCGCCCGUCCCAGGCCCAGAGCAAGGCCUCGCGGGCCGCCGAGAGGUCCGACGGAACCCGCUCGGCCUUCAGCAGCCCCCAGCCGCCCCGCCGCGAGGACCCGCGCUCCAAGGACACCCUGGACGUCCACAAGGGGGCGCCCUCCCUGGAGCCCCUGCGGGAGUUGAGGAAGGGCGGCAACAAGAACUGCCCUUCCGGCAUCGCCCGGGCGACCCACAGGAGGCUGGACAACACCAACGUCCCGUCGCUCGCCCACAAGGAGACGUCCGUGACGCCCGGGCAGGGGGGGGAGGGCUGCCCCCCGCACGGGCUGAGCAACGAGAACCUCCUGUCCCGGCCACCCGGCCCCGCGUCCAGCGGGACCGCCCCCCCGAAACAGGGGGGGCGCCUGGAGCGCGACCCGUCAGGGAGCCUCUCGGAUGAGGAGAUGGGCACCCCCGAAGAUCUGUCCCCCUGCACGCCCGACCGCCCCCUACCCUCGGCCCCGCCCCCGGCCCGGCCCCAGGCCCCGCCCCCAGACAGCCAGAGCGUGAAGCUGCCCAAGGGGAACCAGGCGCCCCAAGUCAACAUGGCCGCCGUCGCACCCUUCCGGUACAGACUGCAGAUUCCGGAGGAGAGUACCGGCUCAUCCCUGGAGGAGCUCAGCGACUGCUCCUCCGACUCCAUGGAGGUGUGCUGCGAUGACCUGCCCACAGGGCCGCUGCUUGGGGCUAGUGUGAAAGGGAGGCGAGUUGCUCUCGACAACGACCUCGAGGAGAGCGCACCCAAGGGCCGGGCGGAGGGCGAGGGCGGUGGCGGGACCAUGGCCGCCAGGCGGGGCAAGCCGGGGGUCCCGCAGGCCGCCCCCCAGCGGGGCGAGCUGCGGGUGUUCCGGGCCGGCGCGUCCGAGGGGCGGCUGCCCGUCCCCUCCACCGGCCUCCGGAAGCAGAAGUCCCUCACCAACCUGUGCGUCCUGACCGACGCCGAGAAGAAGCUGCAGCUCUACCAGCCCAAGUGGUGCGACGACAUGGCCAAGCCGUCCGGCGGCGGGGGCGGGGGCGUGGGGGGCAACCCGAAGGCAGGAAAGCCCAAGGAGGGCGGAGGGGGGGGGCCUCUGUCCCGCAACCUCUCCAAGUCCGAGCACUCGCUGUUCCAGGGGAAAGCCAAGCCUUUCGGCCCCCUGGCGGCCCCCGCGGGCCUGGGCAAGCCGAGCCGCAUCCCCCGCGGGCCCUACGCCGAGGUGAAGCCCCUCAGCAAGGCCCCCGACGGCCCCGACAACGACAGCAAGUCCGACGACGAGAUCCUCUCCAGCAAGGCCAAGGCCAGCGAGAAGAAGAAGCUGGCGGAGAGUUCCGUGGCCGUCCCCCCGGGCGGGGACAAGGGGGUCAAGGGGCCGGAGGAGGGGGACAAGGCCUUCCUGAAGGUGGACCCGGAGCUGGUGGUCACUGUGCUGGGCGACCUGGAGCAGCUGCUGUUCAGCCAGAUUUUGGACCCCGAGUCGCAGAGGAAGCGCACGGUGCAGAACGUCCUGGAUCUCCGACAGAACCUGGAAGAUACCAUGUCCAGCCUGCGGGGGUCGCAGCUGAGCCACAGUUGCCUGGAGACGGGCGUGUGCUACGACAGCGACGAGGCGAACGCGCGCAGCGUCUCCAGCACGUCCAAUCGCUCCUCCCCGCUCUCCUGGCGCUGCGGCCAGUCCAGCCCGCGCCUGCAGGCCGGCGACGCCCCCUCCUCCACGGGGGGCGGGUACCGGGGCGGGCCGGGGGCGGGGCAGUACGCCUCCCACACCAUGCCCGCCCGCGUGCCUGGGCGGCCGGGGCACGCGUCCCGCCUGGAGCUCAUCCAGAGCCUGGAGGCCGACGACCCCGAGCUCAAGCCCGGGUACCUGGGCGACUGCGCCCAGCUGACCAAGAGCCUGCCUGACGCGGAGGAGGAGGAGGAGGAGGAGGAGGAGGACGACGACGACGACCUGGCCAAUGGGUAAGGGUGCCCGGCUCCG